CAGCACAGAGAAGACAUUGUAAUUUGUGAUUUUGACUAAUUACAAAAGAUAAAAUAAAGAAAAAUGCGAUUCCCAAAGUAAUUCUUACCUAGACUUCAUUAUUUAAACAACAACAAAUCAACAAUGGGUGACGAUAAGAAGAAAGUGAAGAUCUGCCGUGUGUGUUUGGGUACAAACGUGAAAAAGUGCAUGUCUCUGUUCGAAAUAUACAAAGAUUGUCUCAUUUACGACUACGUCAAUACUAUAGCUAACGUUAAAAUACAGAAAGACGAUGGUUUCCCGGACAAAAUAUGCUUGGACUGCCUAUUGGAGUUAGAAACGGCGAUACAUUUCAAGGAGAAAUGCGAGAGUUCCAAUGUUAUUUUGCAGUCAGCUCAGUUGGAGAAGAUUCCCGUCGUUUCUAUCAACAACGCGAUAGCUGAGGUCGUUAUUAAGAAAGAAGAACCUUUUGAAGAGCCUUUUGAGUAUUUGGAAGAGGAUGUGCAUUUUUUGGACUCGGCUGAUCUGCUCUCGGACGCCAACGACACCAAACUAGAGGAUGAUGAAGGCAAAGGCGUUAAAAAAAGCCGAGCGAUAGAUUUGAAAUUGGAAUGUCACGACUGCGGUAACUUUUUUAAAAGCAAAUGUAAAUUACGUGUGCACUGGAAGAAAGUCCAUUUGCCGGAAGCUUUAAUAUGCUCCAUUUGUAAAAGAAUGUUCAAGUCUUUCAAGGCGUUCAACAAGCAUCUGAAGUCAAACAGACAGAGCUGUAAAACUGCCGCUGAAGUUAGGAUAGAAGGCAUGGGAAGGAACAGGAUAUUCCAUUGUAAGGAAUGUAAUUAUAAGUCUAAAAGAAUCAAAGAUAUACAGUCACAUCUCGUUAUACACACUGGUGAUCGUCCAUAUCAUUGUGACAAGUGCCCUGCUAAGUUUACUCAGCAGAGUUCCCUGCAGUGCCAUCAGGAGGGCUCUCACAAGCUCUACAAAGUCGAAAUAACCUGCCAGUACUGUGGAAAGUUUGUCCGGGGCCGCUCUAAUGUGUACCGUCACUUAAAAACACAUACUGACAACCAGCAUCAAUGUCAAGUGUGCAACAAGAUACUACAGUCAAAGAAAAGCCUGGCAACACACAUGCAGAGGCACAGUGGAGUCAAACAAUACACAUGCGAAGUUUGUGCCAAGUCGUUCUACACAUGUGCCGAACUCUGUAAUCAUAAAAGAAUGAUUCACAUGAAAGGCAAGUAUUGGUACUUCUGCAAUGUCUGCGAAUACAAAUCAAUAAGGUCCGAAAAAGUGAAGAAACACAAAGCGAAACAUACAGAGACCAAUAUCCCAUGUAUUGUAUGCGGCAUGUUCUUUGAAAUGCCCGAUAAACUUAUCCAGCAUCAACGGAAGCAUUUCGGAGAGAAAAAGUUCCCUUGUCCGUUGUGUGACAAACGGUUCUUCAGGAAGGACACUGUUGGCAAGCACAUACGAUCAAAACACAAGUGUCAGAUGCCUACUAUUCUGGUGGAGAAGAGAGUUGUAGUCAAAAAGGAGGCGCCCAUAGCCCCCGCAGAUGACUUAAUAGAAAUUGAACUAUCACCUGUCAUAGAAAUUAAAUAGUUUUAAUAAUUUAUUAAAUGGAUAAUUGAUUUCUUAAUGUAUCAUAAAACUAACAUGAUGUUGAUGUUUAUAGAAAGUUUUGUUACAACUAAAUGUGGUAAGGUCAUGUUAGUAAAAUUUAUAGCAUUUUAAACUAAAAUCACUUAAGUUAUUAGCUAUGUAAUAAGCAUCCCAAUAGACAUAGGUCUCAUCAGUAUAGACAUAGACUGAUGACUAUUAUUUAUUUUUUAAACAACUACAACAGUACAUGCUUAUCAAAUGCAGUUAGUAGCUCAGAUCAAGGAGGAUAUUUUCUGUUUUUUUUUUUUUCAAUUUUUAAAGUAAAUAUGCUGAAUAUAUGCGGCAUUCCAUUAAAGAAGGGUCCAUAUAGACAUGAUCCAUAAGGGCCCUUCUCUUAUAUAAAGUCACAAAUUUGAUAUAAAUUAUUAUAUUAAAUUAUUGUCAUUACAGUGAUAUUUUACUGUCAGUAAUGCUAUGUGUUACAGGCCUUAUUGGCUUUUCUGCCAAAAAUGUUGGGUGUGCGUCAAUUCAUUAUGUUUUUGUAAGACUUUUUGUACUUAUUGGUAGGAAAUGUGCAAUGCGAGUUUUAUAGAUUUCAAUUUAUAGUAAUUUCUUAAAUCAGCGGUCGGCAACCUUUUAGCAGCCAAGCCAUGCGACAGUAUUUUAGUGGUUGCUAUGCGAAUAUUAUUUAUGAUACAGUUAAGUGUAGGUAUAUGCUGAAUGUAAGUGUAUGAUCAAUUGUUAUUGUUAUUAGAGUUUAAAUGUAAAUUAUUUUACAUAUAACAUUUAUCUAUUAUUAUCUAUACCAAUUGGAAAUUGUCAAAGGUUUUUAUAGACGGUGUUCUAUGUUUUCCUCAGUAUCUAUGUAAAUAGAAAUAGUUUUAGAUUUAUUUUUCAAAGCGUCUGGGUUUGAAUUCCGAGCUGAGAACACAUUUUUUUUAAUAGUAUAAAUGCAGUUUUUUUGUUACUAAAAUCGAUGACAUGGUUCCUAAGAAGAUAUCGUCGUAUGUCUUAUAGUUUCAGAUUUUCCCAUUCUGACCGAUCUAAAAUUCUAAAUGGGCCACCCUGUAUUGUCAUAUAGGUAGUUAGUCACACCGUACUAAAUAUAUGAUAUAACGGUACUAUUUGACCACUUUUUCAGCUAUAAUUAUAUUUGAUGCUGACUGAACCUAGUACAAUCGCCAUCAGGUAUAUCGAAGCGGCCAAGGUGCUCACAAAUAUCUGAACACGCCUCUAUUGUCAAGACGUUAGAGUGCGUGUUCAGAUAUAUUGUGAACACCUUGGCCGCUCCGAUAUAUCUGAUGGCGACUGUACCUACCUAUAUCAUUCGGUUGUAAUUUGUGUCAGGAUUGAAAAUUGUAAAAAAACCACUUGGCCUGAGAUUUUUUUUGUAUAAUUAUACGCAACUAAGGGUGGUAUUCCACCUUUCCAAUUUCUUUGUCCAAUUUGUAUUGCGUCUCACAUUUCGCUUUAACCUCGUGCCGCCCAAGAAAAAAAACGCAAGAUCAGCUAAACGCCCAGUGUGCAAUAUAUGAGCCAUAAUAUUGUGAAGUCGUAACUGCCCACGCACUUCAAAUAUUUUUUAUUUACAAAAAACUCGAGCAGAAUUUUUUUAAUUUUUUUCUGGGUAUAUGUGAAUAAAAACGAAUACAGUAAACUGAAUUCCACCUUCGUAUCUUUUGUUCAUUUAAAUGCACAUUGGGUUUUUGAUUGAUGUUAUAAGUAAUAUAAUUUUUUUUUUUAAUCAACUUCAAGGCACGUAAUUGCGAUAACGUAGCCUCCGACUAUUAUUAUUCGUCUUAAAUAGUUAAGUUUGUAUAAUAAGCAACGUAAGUCAAAAAUAAUAAGAAUUUUUUUUUAGGGUAGGGCCACUAUUUUAUGUAUGUUAACAUUCAUAUUUGACACUGAAAUGCUUUAAAACGCGGUCUGAAAAAUAGUUAAUGAACUUCCUUAACAUAAAAUUUAUUAUCCUUCUUAUUUAUACAUAAUUUAUUGUAUGUUUGCUGUAUUUCGGUAUCACUUUCUUCAAAACUUAAUUUUUCACAAAAACUGUAAAUAUUUGGUUCAUCACCAGAAAGUUAGUAUUCAGGAUAACCAAUUUUAUUAUCUGACAGCAAAAAGUCUUCCAGCUCGUAUUCAACAAGUAAAUCAUUAUGCAGACCUGAAAAUAAACUAUCAAAAAAGAACCUUCAGUUGUAGGUUAUAUUAUGUAUUUUUAUAACAGUAGCGCCCAGUGUGCAAUAUGAUGAACAUAAUCUUACAAUUAAGAAAAAAAAUUAUUUAUUUGUGCCUUUGUAUAAAAAUUACAGUAUAUUUCAAUAAAACAAACAUUUAGGAUAAUUUUUAUGUCACUCUCUAAACGAAAAAAGUCAUGAUUUGUUUAAUAAAUCAAGAUUAUAUACCCAUGUGUCGCGAGUGUUUGAAUAAUUGCGGAAGUACAACACUAUCUAUGAAUAUCUGUCAAACAUCAGCUGUGAAAAUGGUCGCCACUGAACCGACUAUUCACGACGUCUAGGUAAAUUCCAAUUUUGCGCGAAAAUUUAAAACUGACAUCUGAUUAACUUUUAUGUACAGCGUAUUGCACACUGGGCGUUUAGCUCUGAAUUUAAUUUCUAAAGUCUGGGCAGUUAUGCUGAGUGUCACUUUGUACAAUGUAUUGCACAUUGGGCGGCACGAGGAUAAUGAAAGAGUGAGAUGCACUGACAUUGGACAGGUAACCAAGGACAUAAAUUCGAUUGUAUGGCGGCGUUAAUGUUCUUGUGUCAGGAUAAAAUGUAGAGGCUAUUAUGUAACUGGGGUUAUUAAAAACGAUCAGUUUUUGUGAUUAAGAUAUUUUUUAAUUUUUACAGUUUCACAAGUUAAGAUUGUAUUAUAGAUAAUUAAUUUAUACUGUGUCAAUACUACAUAUAGAUACUAUGCUGAUACUAUGUUAUUUUUGGUUAAAUUUACCUACGUUAGAAGAAUAAUUGUAAGUAAUAAAACUUCGGUCAAAAACUUUAAAGAUUUAUG